AGGCAGGCAGGCAAUCUCAGCAUAAUAUAAUAUAGACUGCGGCGGCUGAAAUCGGAGGAGGAGGAAGAGGGAGAAAGAAGAGAUGGUGAAAUUCUUGAAGCCGAACAAGGCGGUUAUCGUCUUGCAGGGACGGUAUGCCGGUAGGAAGGCGGUGAUCGUCCGCGCUUUUGACGAUGGAACGAGGGAUAAGCCUUACGGACAUUGUCUUGUCACCGGAAUCUCCAAGUACCCUAAGAAGGUUAUCCGGAAGGAUUCGGCCAAGAAGACAGCCAAGAAAUCACGUGUUAAGGCGUUCAUCAAGCUCGUCAACUACAACCACAUCAUGCCAACUCGGUACACGCUCGACGUUGAUCUCAAGGACGUGGUCACCCCGGAUUGUCUGCAAUCUCGUGACAAGAAGGUCACGGCCGCUAAGGAAGUGAAAGCUCGUCUCGAGGAGCGGUUCAAGACGGGAAAGAACAGGUGGUUCUUCACCAAGCUCAGGUUUUAGUGUUUGAUUUUUCUUUUUUCUUUUUAAGUUAAAUGCUCCUGCUACUACGUUCUAGGACUUGAUCCGUUGCACUACAUUUUCUGGAUUUUGUACAAUUUAAUUCGCAGAAAAAAUGCUGAGAUUUGGGCAAAUUUUGAUUCCGUCAGAUCUGAAUCUGUUCUCUCGAGUUUGAUAAUUUCAGUUUAUCUAUCUUAUCUAUC